AUGAAUAUCUGCAAUAAACCUCCUAAUAAGACAGCUCCAGAGAACUUGGGUGAAGCUGUUGCUGAGGUGCAGGUCCAACGCGCUCGAAGGAAUGGCUGGAGCUGGCCCCUGCACCUUUUCCAGAUUACUGCCUGGUUGCUGUGCCUCUUCUUUGCGCUGGUUGGCUUUGGAAUCCUGGUUCCUCUCCUGCCCCGCUGCUGGCUGCACUGGCUGCCCGCUGGCUAUAUCUGUCCAGGAGUGUGUUUUAUCUACCAUUUAGUUGUUCAUCUUACUGCAGUCUCCAUUGAUCCUGCAGAUGCAAAUGUGCGUGAAAAAAACUAUCUAGGGCCUCUGGCCACCUUCAGUCGUAACCAACAUGCACAUGUCAUUGAAAAUCACCAUUGCCAUGUCUGUGAUGUAGAUGUGAGUGCCAAGUCAAAGCACUGUGGAACUUGCAACAAGUGUGUGUGUGGCUUUGAUCACCACUGCAAAUGGCUCAACAACUGCGUGGGAGAGAGGAAUUACUGGGUCUUCCUGAAUAGCGUGCUGUCUGCCAUUCUGGGCCUCGGGCUUCUGCUGCUUGUCGCGUGCUACGUCUUCGUGGAGUUCUUCGUUGACCCCAUGAUGCUUCGCUCUGACCGGCACUUUGAUGCUCUGAGGAACCACACGGACCGCUGGUUUGUGUUUCUUCCCGCAGCUCCUGUUGAGACUCCGGCAGCUGCCGUUUUGGUCACGGUGGGGAUUUUUAUUCUUCUGAGUCUAAUGACCGUGAUCCUGCUAGGCCACCUCUUGACCUUCCACAUCUAUCUCAUGUGGAACAAGCUGACUACGUACGAGUACAUCGUGCAGCAGCGUCCCCAGCAAGAGGCGAAAGAGGUAGACAAGCAACUGGAGUCUUGUCCCUCCCAGGUGAGACCCAGUCAGGAAGCAGACUUUUUUCCAAGUAACCCUGGCUAUACAGACCCUGCUAUUCAAGUAGAGGAAUUCUCAACUGUAACUUCAGGAAAGGGCUUUUCGAAGCUCUAUGUCCGCAGUGGCGAAGCUGACCCUGAGCAGAACUCCUCCCCUGACCUCCCAUCUCUUCACUUUGCGGUCCCUCCUCAGCAACAGAAAAAAAGAAGAAAGAAGAUGCAUAAAACCUCUUCCUCAGCAAUGGACAGCAGAUCUAAAACACAUGCUAGACCUUGGCCCUCUUUCCCAGAUCUCCAGUCAGACAAUCCCAGAGGCGACAGGCAGAAGAGUCUGUAUUGUGGGCACAAGGUAAAAAGGAAAAGCUGCCAGCAAGACAGAGCCGUGGAACGAAACCUGGAACUUUUUUCUAAGGUUCCUGCUGUGUUUGUCAGUAAGACCAGUGGAGAACCUCAUGUCUCUCAGCCCCAGCCCAGUGCGAGCACAUCUGAGCCACACCACAGAAAAUGCACCAGCAAGCAGCACGAGGGCAGACAUGAUCCGUGCUUUAAGGACGUAAGGACAGACACCACAGCGGCCUAG